AUUCAGACUUUUGAUUCAACGCUCUUUAUUGUUAAAGCUUAUGAUCCCUUUAAUCUCUACCAUUUCAAUGGCUUAAUCCACUGAUUCUGCACUCAAAGAAAUUAAUCAUGGAGAUGAAGCUGCCCUUCAUACAUGUAGCCAUUUACUUUCUGUGUUUAUCUCCAGCCAUGGUUGCUCAAUCAAUCUCUUUGUCCAAGCAUGGCUGCCCGGAAAAAUGUGGGGAUGUCACCAUUCCCUAUCCUUUCGGAAUUGGUUCGAAAUGCAGUGCAAAUUCAUCAUUCACAAUCAUCUGCAACAACUCAACCAAUCCUCCAAAGCCAAUCUUGAGCAGCAUUGAUAAUCUAGAAGUGCUGGAGAUCUUCCUCAAAGGCACAAUCGUCGUAAACCAGCGUGUGUCGCCGCUGAAUUGCUCUUCCGACGACUCGACACAGCAAACGCUGCCGAUAUCACUUUCCGGAAGUCCUUUUUACAUCUCAUCCAGGUAUAAUUCCUUUGUUAAUCUAGGCUGCAAAAACUCUGUCUGGCUGCUCUCCAAUUCCACGCCUGUCCUUGCCGGAUGCACGGCCUUUUGCCGGAGAAAUUUGACAGACGCCGCUUGUAAUGGCGUCGGCUGCUGCCGGAUAACCAUUCCAGAGAGGCUUCAGGAGCUUCAGUUUGCAUACAAAAGCACUCAGCCAAGUAAUGGUUCUUUCUGUGGCUAUGCCUUCCCUGUCGCCAAGAAAUGGCUCCAAAUCGAUUUUAACAAUCACACAAAUGAUCUGUCGAAUCCUUUCGACAAAGAUUUUGGAUUCGCGCCUAUAGUAUUAGAAUGGGAAGCUUAUAAUAGUGAUACACUUUCGACCGGAAGUUAUUGCCGCGAUAUACAAGACAGAUCACUUCUUCUUUUGUGCAUGUCUCCUGGAAUCGGCUACAAAAAUUCGAUUAUUAAUAAGCUUUGCAGUAAUUAUAGUCGAUACUCAAGUUCAUUUUCAUCUUUUUUCGACGAUGAUGUUGAUGAAUACACGUAUGAGUCGACGUCUGGAUACUGCGAUUGUUAUGACGGGUACGAAGGGAAUCCAUAUUUACCUCAGGGAUGCAUCGACAAUUGUCCCAACUGCUACAACAACAAUGAUAAUCAUAGUCCGGGAAAGUUAAGAAAUCGAAUCAAGAUUGCAUUCAUCGUUAUAGGAAGCGUGUUCGGGGGGCUCAUUUUGCUCUGCGGCUUGUGGAGGUCCGGAAAAUUUGUGACCGAGGCGAUAAAGGCCGUGCGUAGAUACAUGUUUUAUAAGCGCAACGGCGGGUUGUUAUUGGAGCAGCACUUGGCGUCGACUGAAAAUGGACUCGAGAAAACCAAGCUGUUCACUUCAAAAGAGCUCCAAAAAGCUACAGAUCAUUACAACAAAAAUCGUAUACUUGGCCGUGGCGGCCAAGGAACCGUCUACAAAGGAAUGCUGACAGAUGGAAAGAUCGUGGCGGUGAAGAAGUCGAAAAAGGUAGAUGAAGGUGAUCUUGAAGUGUUCAUCAACGAGGUUGUUAUUGUGUCGCAAAUAAACCACCGGAAUGUGGUCCGGCUGCUCGGCUGUUGUCUCGAGACUGAAGUACCUCUUCUCGUCUACGAGUUUAUCCCAAACGGCACGCUCUUCAGCCAUAUCCAUGAGCCGAGCGACGAUCUUCCAUUAACAUGGGAAAUGCGUAUGCGAAUUGCGUCCGAAGUGGCGGGGGCGCUUGCAUACUUGCACUCUGCUUCGUCUGCGCCUAUUUAUCAUCGCGAUAUCAAGUCGACGAAUAUACUCCUGGAUGAAAAGUACCGAGCGAAAGUUUCGGAUUUUGGGGCAUCGAGGUCGGUCUCUAUUGAUCAAACACACAUCACUACAAGAAUUUUGGGCACAUUCGGUUACCUGGAUCCGGAGUAUUUCCAAUCGAGCCAGUUCACGGAAAAGAGCGACGUAUACAGUUUUGGCGUGGUUGUAGUUGAGCUUUUGACGGGGGAGAAAGCCGUGACCUCAGUUAGAGCUGAAUCGGGAAAGAGUUUAGCGACGCAUUUCUUGCAUACAAUGGAGGAGAAUAAACUAUUCGACAUUCUUGAUUCGAGAGUACUCACAGAGGGUAAUGUAGAAGACAUUGCGGCUAUUGCUGAACUUGCUAGAAAAUGUUUGCACUUGAAUGGCAAGAAAAGGCCGACUAUGAAAGAAGUUGCUGCUGAUCUUGACGGAAUUCGAAGAGGGUUCAACGACGACAUGGUUUCUAUGCAACAUUUCGAACACGACAGCAAAGUUAACCAUUCAGUCGAGGUUUCGGAUGAGUCAUCCGAUUUCUCGUCGUUCGUUUACGCGAGCACGGACGUCGAUUCGAUCACCGAUUACACACAACAGGUUAAGAGUCGAGUGCCUGAUGAGCCUUGAAGAAUGAUAUAUGCUUCUAAAUGUCGAUCGAAGCUUCUGUAUUCCCAUUUCUUGUUGUGCCCACAGAAUAAAUCAGUAGUUAAGCAAGUGUUCUAUAUGAUGGUGAUCUGCAGAAUGUUUGAUUUCAAUUUCAUCUCAUGAUCGAUUAAUAUGUUGAUGGAUUGGAAAUACUCAUUGCUGAAUUACUAUUUUCAUUAACUAGAACCCACGUUACGUUUUUGGAUGAAUGUAUUUUUUAUAUUAGGUACAGUGAAUGGUGUCGAACUUUGUGAAUAGAUAAAAUAUAAAUAUAUAUAUA